CCUCACCGUCGGCCUUUUUACACUGUCAAUUCAUAUUUUGGAUCCGUUGAAUUUUGCCUUCCCUGUACACUGUCACAUUUUACAGUAUAGUUAAAGAAGCGCAGAAUGAAGGCGGCCAUAUUGAGCUCCCUUCUCAGGAGGAUCUAUACAGUUGCUCCGUCAUCAUCGUAUGUAUUGCGCCGUGGCUUUUCGUCCGAGUCGGUGCCGGAGCGGAAAGUCGCCAUUCUUGGAGCCGCGGGAGGGAUCGGCCAGCCGCUUUCUUUGCUCAUGAAGCUGAACCCGCUCGUCUCUAAGUUGGCCCUGUACGACAUUGCUGGAACACCCGGUGUCGCCGCUGACGUCAGCCACAUUAACACCAGAUCUGAGGUGACUGGGUACAUGGGAGAUGACCAGCUAAAACAGGCUCUGGAGGGAUCUGAUGUUGUCAUCAUUCCAGCUGGUGUUCCCAGGAAGCCUGGCAUGACCCGAGAUGACCUUUUCAACAUUAACGCUGGCAUAGUCAAAUCUCUCUGCACCGCCAUCGGCAAGUAUUGCCCAAAUGCACUAGUCACUAUGAUUAGCAACCCUGUGAACUCCACUGUCCCAAUUGCAGCUGAGGUCCUCAAGGGACUAGGAGUAUAUGAUGAGAAGAAGUUGUUGGGCGUGACCACACUUGAUGUGGUUAGGGCCAAGACAUUCUAUGCUGGCAAGGCCAAAGCCAAUGUGGCAGAUGUCAAUGUACCUGUUGUUGGUGGUCAUGCAGGCAUAACAAUUCUUCCAUUAUUUUCACAGGCCACACCAAAAGCCAAUUUAUCUGAUGAAGACAUUAAAGCUCUCAUGAAACGAACACAAGAUGGUGGAACGGAAGUUGUCGAAGCUAAGGCAGGAAAGGGAUCAGCUACACUCUCAAUGGCGAUGACUUUGGCUUCAAUAUCACAUCUUUAUAUUUGGUUGCUGUGUAGGUCUGGGAGCUCUAGCGAAUUGCAAAUUGGUAUAUUCGUGCCAAACUUUGCAUCAAUUUUAUCUGUGUGCGCUAUAAGAGGUGAUAUUUGGUUAGAAGUGGCAAGAGAAUCAGGAUCAAGCGGCAGCGGCGACUACUGGGAGGCAGUCCGACUAUAUAUUGGGAGUGUGUUGAUGGAAAUGCUGAUGGAGUAUCCGACGGUGACAAAUGCAGCAAGCGGUGGUCUUGGGUUGUUGAUGUUGAGGAUGGCGGAAUGGUGGUGGCGACACAGUGUGACGAUGGGGAGUGGAGUAUGGUUUGAAGGUGAAGAAGUUGGCUAUGGGCCGAGUUGUGGAGAUAUAGGUUUAUGGGAUAUUUGUUUUAACGUGACUGGGGUUAUGUGCCGGGUUGUGCUUGCUGGGCUAGGGCGUCGUGUGCAAUACCAGGUGAAACUUGGGAAGAAUGGUGUGGAGGAAGUCUUAGGUUUGGGUCUGCUUUCUGACUUCGAGCAGCAAGGCCUGGAAGCUCUCAAGCCGGAGCUGAAAUCCUCCAUUGAAAAGGGAAUCAAGUUUGCACAACAGAGUUAAAAUGGCUUCCAUGGCAUUUUGCAUUUUUUGUUCCCCAUGUAGGAGUUUCGAUAAAGCGUUUCAUGCUGUCAUAGAGAUGAAUUCUAUGGCGAAAUGGGUUAAGGGUACAUUAUUUAAAUAAUACCGACUAAAUAAUCAAGUUGUUCAGCUGUGAACUACGUUUGCUUGGUUAUGAGCGUUGCUUAAUGUGUAUGUUAUUCACCCUUAAUUAAGAGACGAAAAUUCCAUCUUGAGUUGGUUAA